AUGGUGGAACACGGGGCGCCGCGGGGUACUAGCUCCGGUCUGUCGGCCUUGUCUCACCGUCUGAUGAGGAAGUUGUCCUCCGCCGCCGGACGAGAGAGCAGGUCCGCCGGCAACCUCGUCUUCUCGCCCCUGUCCAUGUACUCUGUGCUUUCGCUGGCGGCCGCCGGCGCCAAGGGACGCACUCUAAGCGAGCUCCUCGACGCCCUCAGCGCCAAAUCCCGCGAGAGCCUCGCCGAGGACGUCCGCUGCAUGGUGGAGCGCGCCCUCCCACGCCCGGACGGCCCAGGCAGCGUCGCACUCGCACACGCGUGCGGUGUGUGGCGUGACGCCGCCACUGGAACGCUCAAGCCGGCCUACCGCGACGUUGCCGCCGCGUCCUGCAACGCCGUGGCGCGCGCCGUCGACUUCCUCAACAAGCCCGAAGAGGCAAGGAAGCGGAUCAACAGUUGGGUGGCGGCGGCGACGAACAACCUCGUGGACUCGAUCCUCCCUCGUGGAUCGGUGACCCAAGGCACAAGCCUCGUGGUCACCACGGCCAUCUACUUCAAGGGCAUCUGGAAGACGACGUUCGACAAGUCCCUGACCAAGAAGGGCAAGUUCCUCCGCAUGGUCGGCAUCGCCGUGGACGCCCAGUUCAUGCGCAGCAAAGAGGGCCAGUUCAUCGCAGCGCACGACGGGUUCAAGACGCGCGCACGCGACGGCCUGCCGAGACUGGUGGACAAGAUGACGUACCCAAGCUUCCUCCAGGAGCACAUGCCGGAGCGCAGUGUCGAGGUCGGCGACUUCCGGGUGCCCAAGUUCAAGAUCUCCUUCUACUCCGGAAUGAAGCGCCAACUCCAGGACCUCGGGAUCAAGGCCGUGGUUGAUCCUGCCAGAGCCGACCUGUCGGACAUGCUUCUGGUGCGCGAUGGCGGCGGCGGCGAUGGAGACUCCCGAGCGCCGCGGUUGGUUCUCGACGACGUCUUCCACAGGGCGGUGAUUGAGGAAGGCACUGAGGCAGCGGCUUCCACAGCUCUCAUAUUCGCCGAAACUUGUGCAAUGCCAGCGCCUCCGCGGCGGCCAAAGGCUGUGGACUUCGUCGCCGACCAUCCGUUUGCCUUCUUCGUGGUGGAGGAAGUGUCCGGUGCAAUCCUCUUCGCAGGACAAGUGCUUGACCCUACAAAACCAUAG